AUGUUUGGAGACGACCAGGCAGCUGGCGCUGUUCCCAUCUCUCCUGCCCGGGCUGGGGCGGCUGGGGGUCGAGGGGAGGCGGGCCGGGUCUGGAACUCAGGGAGACGGGACCCGGGGCGCCCGAGCUCCCCCGCGGCGCCCAGCGCGCUCUUCCCGCACCGCUCGGCUUGGCGGCCCGAGCCCUGCCUGGCCCGGGACCCGCGUCAUCAUGAAGGAGAUGGUGGACCCCGCCCUCUGCCAGUUCUCGAUGAGCCCAAGAGGACCAAGGAUGCGACAUUGUCAGCCGAGCUUCAGCAGGCCUUGGCCAUGAUGGAGGAUUUAAUCAAGUCUUGUGAGUUGGCUGUGGACCUGGCUGCUGUCACAGGCUGUCCGGAUGACAUGGGAAAACUAGGCAAGCUGCUGAUGCACGACCCUUUCAAUGUCUGGACGGUUCACAAGGAUCGUUAUAAAAUGAAGGAUUUCAUGCGCUUUAAGCCCAGCCAGAGACAGAUCUAUCUGUUUGAAAGGGGGAUCGUGUUCUGUAAGAUAAGAGUGGACCCCACUGACCAGGGGCUGUCACCUCAUUACAGCUUUAAGAAGUCGAUGAAGUUGAUGGCACUUUCAAUUCACCAAGUUGGAAGAGGGAACAACAAAAAAUUUGAAAUUGCCAGUCAAGAUGGACUUGAGAAACAUAUCCUACAGGCAGCUUCUAAAGAAGUCAGAGAUUCCUGGUUUUCAGAAAUAAGUAAAUUACUGAUGGGACAACAACAAAAUAUUAAAGGCCAAGAGAGCCUACAGUUUGAAGCAAGUACUAGCAAAGAAAAUGAAUUGAAAUGUGUACCUUGGACGGAAAAUAUGGAAAGACCCACCAGCAGUAGCAAGGAAGACUCAGUCCUCAGCAUCUGUGGGAUUAAAGGCAGCACCAGCAGGGAGUUUAUCUCCACGGAAACAUUUGAAGAGUGUGAAGGUGCAGAAGAAAUGGGAAAAGAGAGCAGCGUUCUGAGUCUUUCAGGACUUUUCCAGUUGGAUGAGGCUUAUGAAACCUGUACCUCCAAAUCUCUUCUGGAGCCGGGAGAUGGGAUUCCAGGAGAAGAGUGGGAAGAAGAGACGUCAGAAGACAGAGGUGAGGAGAGUGCUGCGGUGUCGCUGGGCCUCCACACCCCAAAGGACGCCUGA